AGUUGGGAGAUCCAAAUUAUUUCUCCUCAAAUGGUGACCAUGGUUCUUUACCCGAAGGGAAUACAGAAAGUCCAGUGAAAGAACAAUAUGGCACCUAAAUUGGUGCUUGUGCACUUUGAUCAAAAUCAGUCUCUGUUCGAGUGGAUCAUCCCAAAUUUCUCCACGGCAAUUCUUCAAAUAAGCCCUGAAUGUGUUACUAACAUCAGAUGUUUUAUUUCCUCCUCUAAAACAUGUAAUAAAGCCUUUCCUUGCAACAGGGCCUCCCUCCCUCUCUGCCUAGUGAGCCAGAACUCCAAAGGAGCUCUACCUUCUUUCACUUUCUGUUGAGUCGUUGACCUCACAAUUCACAAAUUACAGCCAGCCAUGUCCAUGUUACAGUUACAGUCGAGCCGCCGCCACCUCGCCUUCUCACCGCGCAUUACCACCUUCUCUUCUCCCAAUGGACUCCGCCUCCUCAGGGCAAGAACGGCGAGAGCCCCAACCCUAGCUUCGAGGAAAGCCCCGACAAGGCCAUUGCCUCUGCAGUUCCUAGCGCCAAGGCGACAAUGGCGAUGGCGGUGCAGCAGCAGCGACGCCGUCCAAGAACCACCCUUCGUCGAGGCCAGUGCUGCCGGCGGGGGCGGCGAGAAGAAGAGUUUCUGGGCGGCGGUGAGCCUCAUCAUCGGCACGGCGGUCGGGCCGGGGAUGCUGGGGCUUCCGUCGGCCACCAUCCGCUCCGGCCCGGUGCCUUCCACCGUGGCCAUCCUGCUCUCCUGGGCCUACGUCGUGUCCUCCAUCGUCCUCGUCGCCGAACUCAGCUUCGCCGCCAUGGAGAGUGGGGGCGUCGAGGAGGUCAGCUUCACGGGACUUGCGUCGAGCACCUUGGGGGCCAUCUUCGGUGGGGUCGUCGCUGUCGUCUACGCCGCGCUGAGCUUCUCCCUGAUCGUCGCGUGCGUCGCCGGCAUUGGAUCUCUAGUCUCCCAGCUCUUCCCCACGGUGAAUCCGGUCUUGGCGAAUGCCCUCUUCCCGUGCUUCGCCGGCGUCCUCAUUGCUUUCUUCCCGUUCAAAGCUGUCGAUGGCGCCAACCGUGUCCUUUGCGGCCUGAUGCUCGUCUCAAUCACGGCGCUUGUGGUCACUGGCGUCUCUGUUGGCCGGAGCAGCAUGCUAAAAUCUCUCGGCUAUGCGUGCUGGAGCCCUAGCGCCAUCCUGCCGGCCAUUCCCGUGACUGUGCUCACACUUGGGUUCCACGUGAUCACGCCGUUCAUCUGCAAGAUUGUGGGAAACUCGGUGUAUGAUGCACGGAGGGCAAUACUCAUUGGAGGCGCUGUACCAUUGGCCAUGGUUUUGUCAUGGAAUGCGGCCAUUCUCGGAUUGGCAGGUACGGCCGGUGGUGCAGCAUUUGAUGACCCUAUUAAGCUUCUUCUCUCGGUGAAUCCAGCAGCGUUGCCUGCUGUUCGAGGCUUUGCAUUUUCUGCAUUGGCGACGAGCUUGAUUGGAUAUGCAGUCAGCUUCCCAAAGCAGCUGGCAGACACUUUGGAGCUGUUUGCUAAGAGGUUUUCUCGGAAGCAAGGAAGUUUGCAGCUCUCUGAUGCUGGCGGCAGUCAUGGAAGAAAUGGGGCAGUAUUGACAUGGAUAGUGCUGAUCAUUCCCAUCUUCAUUGUAUCAUUCUUUUCAGCAGCCUUUGCCAAGGCACUAGAUUUCGCUGGUGUUUAUGCAAACUGCUUUCUGUUUGGGAUCCUGCCUCCCGUCAUGGCCUGGAUUUAUCGGUCACAGAAGAGAAAGAGGUCACCUGAUUUAUGUGAAGAUAUUUUGCCUGGUGGAAAUGCUGCUCUCUUGAUACUUUUCAUUGUUGCUUCGGUUCUAGCAUUCUGGCACUAGAAGGUAAGCAUAUGAGAUACACAUUUACACAUUUUUUUAUCAGGCACAGUUCACAAGCAUUCGGGUGGAUAAAAAAUUUGUCAGGAGUCUGACUAAUUGAAGUUCUGUUUUAUAAUUUUCUGCUGGUAGUCUAACUGAAGCUAUGAUUGCAACUGCUGUCCAGAAUUAACCAAAAUUAUCAAGAGAAUCUUGACUUCCAGUAGCAUUGGAGAAAAUAUGUAUAAACGCGACAUGUAUGGUAAAAUUCUUGCUUCAAAAUUCAAAUUUGUUUUGAGAGGUGCCACUGAAAAAGCUAAACUUUUAACCAAAAGUUUAAUCAGUUUAGUGCAGAUUCUUGUAAUCUUGAUGAUGUUUUAGCAGCGGGACAUGCCAUGAUCCUUGAUACACUCUGCUUUAUGGCUUUCUAUUCUAGAACAAUCUGCUAUAAGAACUAGUCAAUUUUCUAAAUUUGCCCUCAAGCCAGAGAAAUAAAUUAACUUUCCACUGAUUCCCUUGUAACUCCAUUCUGCCACAGCUACUUGUUCGAGUUUCUAGAGCAACAUAUAACCAGCCCACCUUACUCCU